AUGAAGUUGCAUUACAUCGGCAUCCUCCGAAACGAGAGCCGACCUGCCCACGAGAUAGUAGCUGAGAAGGAACUGAGCGCAUACUCUCGAUUUACUAAGAACAACUAUGGCGAGUUUAUGACUCUCUUCGCGAAGACGGUCGCGGAGCGCACAAGGCCCGGCCAGAGGCAGGAUGUUGAAGAACAAGACUACACCUUCCACGCUUACGGCAGGACCGAAGGCAUUUGUGGCAUCAAGGGCAUCAUCAUCUCAGACCACCAAUAUCCGGCUUUAGUUGCGCAUCAGCUUCUAUCUAAGGUGGUCGACGAGUUUCUGUCACAGAACCCGAGGUCGUCGUGGGCAACAGGUUCACCAACUGUGGUCAUGCCGGAGCUCAAGGACUACAUCAACAAGUAUCAGGAUCCCCACCAAGCAGACUCAAUCCUGAAGAUUCAAAAGGAGCUUGACGAAACCAAGAUUGUACUACACAAGACAAUCGAGAGCGUCCUGCAGAGAGGUGAGAAGAUCGAUGACCUAGUCGCCAAGUCAGACGGUCUCAGCGCCCAAAGCAAGAUGUUCUAUCAACAAGCCAAGAAGCAGAACAGCUGCUGCGUAGUCAUGUAA